CAUCCGCCUCCAGCGCUCCCGGGCAGGUUCUGAUUGGCAAGCCUGCCUGUCAGUCGGGCCGCCGCACCGUUCCGCUCUUAAGGCUUCCGCGGGUGACGUUCUAGCCCGAGGGAAGAGCAGGCUCGGGCUCCCGGCGUCUGGCCGGAGCCGCGGUGCUUUGGCGGGUCCGGAACGGUCGGUGCCGCUCACUACCUCCUUCCCCUGUUUGGUGCCCGUUUUGAGAGCAAAAAUGAAUGUUGGAGUUGCUCACAGUGAGGUAAAUCCAAAUACCAGGGUAAUGAACAGUCGUGGUAUGUGGCUGACAUAUGCAUUGGGAGUUGGUUUGCUUCAUAUUGUCUUGCUCAGCAUUCCCUUCUUCAGUGUUCCUGUUGCUUGGACCUUAACAAAUGUUAUACAUAAUCUGGGAAUGUAUGUAUUUUUACAUGCAGUAAAAGGAACACCUUUUGAAACCCCUGACCAGGGUAAAGCCAGGCUGCUAACUCACUGGGAACAACUGGACUAUGGGGUGCAGUUUACGUCUUCACGGAAGUUCUUCACAAUUUCUCCAAUAAUUCUAUAUUUUCUGGCAAGUUUCUACACCAAGUAUGAUCCUACACACUUCAUCUUAAACACAGCUUCUCUCCUGACUGUGCUAAUUCCCAAAAUGCCACAACUGCAUGGUGUUCGGAUUUUUGGUAUUAAUAAGUACUAAACUGAAAAUGUGAAACUGAACCAUUCUGACCAAAACUUUGUGGCUACUGCUUUUUCUAUAAGGAAGGAAUAGGUAGCAUGCUAUGCUGUUUACAUUGUAAUGUGCAAUGGGAAGUUUUUACAUUCAAGGUCUAAUACUUAUUUGUAUGCUAUUUGAAAAAGCAGAUUUUAAAGAGAUGCCUCUAAGUAUUUAACAUGUCUGCUAAAUUUCUGCAGAAGUUUUCCAAGAGAGCAGGGCAGGCCCCGCUCACAAAUGAUUGACAGUACAGUGAGAGCAGAAAAGCUCUGCACAUCGACACAGGAGUCUUGAGGAUAGGAGUAGUUUAGUUUAUAAUGAAAGGGCACUAUGUACGAAGUUAUCCAAUCAGUCACAGUCAAGCUGAAGUACAUUUAUAUGUGGAGCAGAAUCAUCCUAUACAAAGGUCAAAUGUCCUAUUGCUAAGACAGCUCUAUUUUGUUUUACAAAUGUACUCUUUUGUUUUUGCUGGCUUACAGUUUUUAUUUCUAGACCUGGUCAGUUCUGGAUGUAUCAGAGGACAGAUGUGUCCUUGGUGAUGUACUUCUUAAUAGGUGUCAGUGUGGCUUCCUGCAGCUUUCUAGUGAGCCUUCAGACAUUAAUUUUGGGCAAAGCAAAGUUCUGCUGGGUUUUUGUUUUGUUUUCAAAAUGACUGCUAAUCAUUUUUGGAAAAAAACUAAUUUGAUUCAAAGCAGUCUGAAGUAUAAUGUGUAAUUCUCUGAUUAUCUAGUUGAACCAUUUAAUGGUUCAAAUCUCUAAUCUGGAGAAGCAUAAUUAAAUACUAGAUAGACAACUAUAAAUGUUAGGAAAUUAGUUGUCUAGUAAAAAGAUAGCUUUCUCCAGCCAUGGUACAAAGUAAGCUACUAAACACUGGAUCUCUUUUUUUGUAGCUUUGCAGUAAAGGAUUAUAUUUUCCAAAAAGUUCCCUUUCUCCAUCUCCACUUUACCUAUUAACUUUACUUUCAAGAUACGUAUCAGUUUAAGUGGUCAAGGAAGUAAAUUUAGGGUUAUUUUAAGUUAGUUACUAGAGUUUGUGGUUCCUGGCCCUAAUUUAUACACCUAAUUCCUUAUUGAGGUUUCCUCAGAACUUUUUGUUAAUGAUAAUUAGCUAUUACAAACAUCAGAAAAUAAAUUAUUGAAAAAUUAAACAUUCCAAAAUUCAAUGAUUUUUGGAAAAUAAACUAAAA